GGACGGCCGCGGACACGCCCGCUUUGCCGCCGCCGGGACGCCGCCGGUCCGACCGCGCGGCCGACGAGACACGCACACCGGCACUGGAUCCCUGUGGACGCGGUGCGUUUCGCCGGCGCACACACUUACACGCGCACACUGACGGACAGACAGACACACACACGUACUCGCGAUCGCGCGCACGCCGUCCGCCGCGCUGCAGUUUUCGUCCGACCGGCGAUACACCGUCCGCAAACGUUUACCGGUGCGCACGUGCCGGGCACGAUAUCCCGAGACGAAAUACACACACACUCACACACGCGUUAUAGUCAUAAUAUUUAAAAAAUAAAAAAAUAUGAUAAAGUGAUUUUUAACGGCCGCCACCUAUAAAUUAUUUUUUAUCGUUAUACCUAUAUAAUAUUAUCGUAUAUUGCCGCGCGCGCGCUAACACAGUAAUAUAAUAUAAUAUAAUAUAAUAUAGCGACAGUGAAAUACGGUCCGCCCGUAACCGCGCGACAAUAUAUCGUUCGCGCGCGUACACGACCUACGACGGCGACGACCACGACGACCACGACGGCCGCAGCGGGCGCGGAUGUGCAGCGCGCGAUGAGCGCGGCCGCCAAAGACAAGACGAUGCCGCAGCGGUCGCCGUUCGCCAUACAAGAGCUGUUGGGCUUGACCGACAGCAACAGGAGCCCCGCGGCGGCCGUGUCGGCCGUCACGCCUCAGUACCCGCAACCGCCGGCGCCGCCGUCGGCGCCCGGACCGGCCGGACCGUCGUCGUGCUUUGCCGCCGACCGGGACGCCGGCCGGAUGCACCACCACGGCCACCAUCACGGCCACCACCACGGCCACCACCACCACAGCCACCACAGCCAGAUGGUGGCCAGCCGGUUCGCGUACUUCAACGCCCAGGCCGCCGUGGCCGCGGCGUUCCUGCCGCACAACAUGAACUCGCUGGCCGCCGCCGUGGGCAUGACCGCCGCCGCGGCCGCCAACAACAACGGCGGAACGCCGCUCUCGCUCACCUCCAACCACUCGGCCGCCGCCGCCGCAGCCGCAGCCGCCGCCGCUGCCGGAUUUUCACAACUACAGAAGAAUCCAGCGUUCAGUCCCAAUAGUUGCAUGUCAGGAUUAAGUCAUUUAAACCAUCAAGAAUCAGGCAAAGACUACAGUAAUGAAGGAAUGACAACAUCAUUUGGUUCCAACAAGAAGAAGAAAAAAAGAAGGCACAGGACGAUAUUCACCAGUUACCAAUUAGAAGAAUUAGAAAAGGCUUUCAAAGACGCUCAUUACCCGGAUGUCUACGCAAGAGAAAUGUUAUCCUUAAAAACAGAUUUGCCUGAAGAUCGAAUACAGGUCUGGUUCCAGAACCGACGAGCCAAGUGGCGAAAGACCGAAAAGUGUUGGGGAAGAAGCACAAUUAUGGCUGAAUAUGGACUUUAUGGUGCUAUGGUCAGACAUUCAUUACCACUGCCGGAGACUAUCCUGAAAAGUGCAAAGGAGAAUGAAUGUGUCGCGCCCUGGUUGCUUGGCAUGCACCGCAAGUCGAUCGAGGCGGCAGACCAGCUGAAAGACGACAACACCGUGUGUAGCGGUGCCAGUCAAAAGAGCGACAAGGAGGAAGACGACGAGGACGACGAGGACGACGAGGACGACGACGAGGAGAACCACCCCUGCAAGAGGCCGGCCAGGACCAGUCCGGAGACGGCGACGGACAUGUCGCCGCAGCGACACCAACAGCAAGACUCCGCAGUCGCGCAAGACCGGCAGCAGCAACAGCAGCAACAACAGCAGCAGCAGCAGCAGCAACAGCAACAGCAGCAGCAACAGCAACAGCAACAGCAGUGCGCGGCCAACGCCGAAGCUCACCGGCGGAUCCAGCAAGAGAUACAGUCGCAGAUGGAGCAACAUCACGCGGCCGUCAUGCAGCUGGCCGCCAACCGGGCGCAGGACUCGGAAGAGUUCCGGAACAACAGUAUCGCGUGCCUGAGGGCCAAGGCGCAGGAGCACAGCGCCAAGAUACUCAGCCUGUCGGCGGACGCGCUCAUGUUGGUCAACAACAACGGCGGCGGUUUCCGCAGUCGGAACGCCGCCACCGCGGUGGCCGUAGCCGCGGCCGCUGCGGCCGCCGCCGACGUGGCCAUGGUGUCCGGCGGUGGCCAAGUGUUGGCCGACUGCGACGCCAACGCCAACAACGUGCGAGGCGUGAACCACCAUCAGCAACAGGCGGUCGGCUCCGACAUAAUGGUCACGUCUUCCGACACGUCGUCGUCGCUCUUCUAAUCGGCCGAUCAUAAAUGCAAAAACGUAUUAAAUGUAUCAUAAUAUUAUUAUUAUUAUUGUGUAUAUUAUUAAAUAAAAUAUUAUAAUAUUUUAGAGUAGUCGCGUUUAAUGCGGAGAUAUGAAAAUAUGUCAAAGCGCUAUAACAAUUUGUAGGUUGCAGGGCAUUCGUUUAACAGGUCACCUACGUAUACCGUAUACCAGACAUCUGCUGGUGCUUACACCGAAAAUCAUAAUAACGGUGACCUACAAAGUUUUCAGAAUGUAUACAUGUAAUCGCGUGUAAAAAAAAACAAUAUAUAUUAACGCUGUUAGGCGAUCAAAAAACGUUUAUAAAACUUGCCAUCCUUUCGUUUUGGUUUAUCCUAAUAACACGUACCUAUAAACUCAUCCGAAAUCGUUAAGUUAAACUUAAACUAUAAGAUGGUGUCUGAAAAAUCGUCGUUUUACUUCAUUAGUGAGCAGCUAAAUCGCACUCGAAUCAAAUGAUUUGUACCAUGUAUGCAAUUUGUAUUGGUGAACUGUUAAACGAAUGCCGUAUAGGUUAUAAGCUCGAAAAAUAUUUAACAAUAAAUUCGGUAGGUGUAUCGACUAUACUACCUCGUACAAUAGCAAUAUUUAUGAUCAGUGAGAUCGUCUCACGAUCACGUAAUCAGACGUAGACCGUUUUUGUUUAUAUUUUUAAAAAAUUUCUUUUUUGAUCAACUGCCCAACGGUCGGACGAUAAAAUAAUAUUUCGAUUGACUAUCGGCAGCAAAGUAAUUCGUUGCGAAUCCGGUGGCACAUAUACUCGAAAACAAUAUUAACUCAGGGUAGUCGCUACAUAUUAAACACUUACCACCCGCAAUGUUUUCAGCAUAAAUUCCUCACCACCACCAAAUCCUUACAGAGCAACACUCACCGAAAGCUUAUAAUAUUGUUGACGCCACUGCAGUGAACUAAAUCUUGCUGUAUCUUUAGAAACUUCUUGUCUCACGUUCACUUCAUUUUUCGGCAUUCUAUUGACAUAAUCGUAGUAAUAUUUUUAAAACCUUAAGUUUAUUAUUAUUAUUAUUUUUUAUCUCAAAACAAUGAAACAAGUAAAAAAUGCAAAAAUUUUCGUUAUUUUAAUAUUUUACAAAUAAUCUGUUUCGUUUUGAGAUAAAAAAAAUCUGCAAAUGCCUCCACAGUAUCCGUUCUUUAAAUUAAUAUUAUUGAGUAAUCGUGCACAUCACUGUCACCGUCGUCGUCCCCGAUUGUCCCUUACAGAAUCGACACAUGUCAAUAACAUUAUCCUCUGCUGCGUGCUCACAUCGUUGUAUACGAUGUAAGCCACUGUUAUUAUAAUUCGUUUAUCUGGUACAUAAAUUUAAGUAUACGCAGUUUGAUGAUUAUUUUUUUCCUAUCAGUCGACAUUUCAGUUACACUCUCUCUACGCCCAAAGACGUUAAGAAAGUUUAUGAAUUUAAUGAGAUUACGAUUGGUGGAGUACAGGAACGAAGGUCUUAUAUAGUAAACAUAAGUAAUAUUGACUUUUUUAUAUUAUUCUACAGUUUUUGAGCUUAUGGAAUUUUUGGGUAUGAUCGAGAUAUCGCGACAAAAUAUUUUUUCACGUGUUAUAUCUAUAUAAAACGAAUACUCUCUCCAAAUCAAUUGCAAUAUGCUAUGAUUUGAUAUUUUACAACAUAAGACAAUUGAUUUGCCGAUUGUGAGCAAUAAACAAUAGGACAUAUAUUGUAUAAAUAAUUAUUUGUUCUAAAUCAAUAAUUAAAGUUUACUACGUAAAUUUAAUACACGAGAGUUGAAUUAUUGUGUGCAUACGUGUGUUGUAAGGAGUGGCUUAUCAUAUAGAGCUAUCUCAUAUCCUCCAAAGAAAAGAUCCCAAAAUAUUUCUUUGCCUAUGGUCACACUACAGAUUCUCACAUAUUAAAAUUAUUAGCUUCCACGGUUGUCAGAAUUAUUUUAGGUUUUUGAAAUAAUAAUAAUUAUUUUUUUUUAUAUAACUACCCGAUAAUCAGUUUAUAUAAGUUAAAACCAUGUAAAUAAUAUAAUAAUAAUAAAAUAUUCAUCGACGUGUUUGUUCGCUAUUAUUGUCAUUAUUGUUUAAAAAAUAUUGAAUAAUACGAUUACUUUUGUUUAUAUCUAUUAUAAUAUUAUUAGGUAUAUUUAAUUCUAAUAUUGAUCUAAAUUUGUGUAGCGAUAACUUAUGUACAUACGCGCAGUCUAUAAUAUUUGUAUACAUUUGUAAAGAUAAUUUAUCGUGUGUUGUUAUUUAAAAUUUAUAUUUAUUAUACCCAUACGUACGUGCAAUAAUUCGUAAUUUUUUGUUUCUUUUUUUUUACAUUUUCUUGUAUAAAUCAAUUUUACUUAGCUCGAAAAACUACAUUUUAUUGCGCAUUUUAGACAGUAAGAAUAUUAUCUUAAUUAUGCUUGUUACAAUAAAUCACCCACCCGGUACAUCCUUUUUCUCAUAGACCCAUAGUAAAUACUAACAAUAGCAUAAUAUUAUUGUAACUAUCUAUUUCGUUUUGAUUUUGUCCUUUUUUUUUUUGAUCUCAUGUGUACUUUCAUAUUCAUUUUUAGUGCCGUCUAGGAGAAUGUUUUACGGUGAAAAAAAAUUGUAAUAUGUUUAAUAUAUUCUGAAUAGGACAUUUUAUGUUUAAAGCUAUAAUACUACAUUUUAGAUUUAUAUUAUAUUGAUGCUAAACUACUGACAUAAAAAUUACGGAUACUAAUGUUUUAAUCAUUCAUAAUCAUUUGAAAUAUAAUUUGUUUGGUGAAAACGAGUAUACUAAUUAUACGUAUUAUAUUAUACUUUAAUAAACUAUUGUACACUCAUACAACUUAUAAA